AUGUCAGUUAUUCGAGAUAGACAUCCCUUGACUUCGCUUAAUUAGCUACAAAAUCUAUUUGGAAAGUCAAAGCCUCAAGACAACAACCAAAAUCUAUGUCCAGAGAAAGUUCGAGGAGCAAGUAAACCGAAAUAAAAAACUGAGGGUUCUAGGAGAGAAGUCUCCAAUGUAUAGAAAAGUCAAUACACUUUAUAAUCAUAAAAGUUGUAUACCAAUCAUUUGGAUAAUAUUAAAUCCUCAAGGGCAUUUAAUGUGAAAAGUUAAGAUCUUUUGCUUUCCCCUGAAAGAAUGGAAUCAUUAUAAUAGGAGAAUAAAGUACUUGAAAUUUAAAAUGAUAAAAAGAGAAUCCUUAAGCAAUCUGUUGAGCAUUCAAAUGAUCCAAGUCAUAAAUUAUUCACGUCGGAAGAAUAACCAAAAAAGAUUGAAUAGUCAUAAACAAUUUAAUUAAGAAAUCUCAUAUAAUCUAAAUAGCAAAAGGAUUCGAACAAUGAGAUCUUAGAAAAAUAGAAGAAUUCAAGAAGAGAAAAACAUGUUGCCUAAAUUUUGUAUGAUGAUAGCAGGCAAAGACAAUAGAAAAACUAACUCACAAGCCAGAGUCUGGCUACAAAUGAUGGUAAAUUAUCAGAAAUCUCUCAAUAAUGGUUUAUAUAAAGAUUUAUUAAAGAUUUCUAUUAUUUUCUAAGUAAUACAGAUAAUGUCAAAAAAAGUUGGGAUUACUCUAAAGUAUAUGAAAAUGAUUUCCAGUAAAUUCUUUAAGGGUUAGGAUUCGGAGAAAGUAAAGAUUUAUGGAAUGACUUUACGAAUGGCUCCUAUAUACUCUCCAGAAAUAUGCUAAUUGUCUUACUUGCCAUUCUAAAUGUACCAGUCUAAUAGAUACCUCUUUACUUACCAAAGGAUGAUGAGCAAGUUCCAAUGGCAUCUCAUUACAAAAAUGAUGAAAAUGGAAAUCUCAUGCUAUCAACUUAGGAUUGUAUUGAAAUUCACAAUAAGUACAAAUAACUAUAUUUGAACACCAAAUAAAAUCAUGGUAAUGGACAAAGAAGAAACAUGGAGAAAUCAAAAUCACCUCCAUAAGUUAUCAAUUUAUUAAGUAAUAGGUCACGAGAUAUGGCUAUCAAGAAGAAGAACAAUCUGAAUAUCAAUGAAUGGUUUGCUUAAUAAGAGUAGAAAAAGAAGGAUAAUAUUGAGAGAUUAAAAAACUAAUUGGAAUAAUCAGAAGAAACUAAAUAAUUGAAACAAACUAUCAAACCUCUUGCUAUCGAUUUAACUUCAUUAAGCAAACCAAUAAAAAAAUAAUAAGAUAAAUCAACAAUUGAUGUAGAAUUUGAAAGUCAAUAAUAAUUUUGUACAUUUUCACCUUAGAUUAAUCCCAUGAAGCAUUUUCCAAUCUCAACUGCAUCUACACAAUAUGAUAUUGAUUAAUAGGCAAAACGAUUAAGAGAAGCUAGAUUGAGAUAAAAAACAGUAGAAAAAUUGAAAAGCAACGGAAACACUACAAAUAAUGAAAGUAGAACACAGAUGAAAUUAUAAACAGAAUAGUCAUUGAGUUAAGAGCCAAAGUGCAAAAAAAUUAAAAGCAAACCAAUAUUCCUUAACUUUCCCAUUUUGUAUAUAGAUGUAAAAAUAGAUGAUGCUAAGACCGUAAGAUUACCAAUAUUUAAUGGAGAUAACUCUGACAAUUUAGCUACUAAAUUUGCAAUUGAUCAUAAUUUAGACAAUUCUUUAGAGGAAAGACUAAAAGAUCUAUUAGAAGAGUAAAUAAAUUCUGUAUAGGAAUAAUAGUUAUGA